AUCCUUUUAACAACUCACGGAGGUUUCAAAUGUAUUUACAAAAUGGAAGCUGCUGCGGGAUUGUUGGAGGCACAGUUUCAGAAAGCAGAAUCAGACUUAAAUUAUCUUUCUCGAAAGUUGGAGCUUCGAUGUCAAAACUAUGCAGAAGGAGACUGCAGAAAAAAUCCCAUGGAGCUUCUUCAGAAGCUUAAGACUGUAAAGGAUCAGUACAAAUCUUUAGUGCAAGAAGCUGCAGAAAUCCAGAAAGCUCAAGCUGAAGCUAUGGAUUAUUUCCGGAUACAGCUACCAAUUGUAAUGCAGUUACUGCAGGAAAUGCAGGCUCAGACACAGAUGCAGGGGGGUGAAGGAACUAGAGCGAAAAUUGAAGAGCUUCAGAAUCUGCUUGGAGCUGAGCUACCAUCAGCAGCAUUCCAGCCACAGUCUGGGAAACUAACACCUGUUGACAAAAUGCCCACAAGUCCCAGCAACCACACAUCAAUCUCUUGUGUGCAGGAGGCUGACCAAGAAAAAUGUGAAGAUUCUUGUGAUAAAAAUGAGGUAGACAAUAAUCCAGUAAAAGAAGAUCCUGUAGUUCUGCAGGCUAUGAUGCGUGCAUCUAGCAAGGGAUUUGUUGAAGUCAGUUUGGAAGAGUUUGAAUCUGUCUCUGAACUGGUUCGUGGACGUGUCAAGUUGGUGGAUGUUAAUUCUACAUACAGAACUCUUUGGAAACACUUCAAGGAAGGAAACAACAGUGCUCUUCUCUCGGUGGCAGACAUGCACAAAAUGGGUCUCCGUGUUUCAGGAGCCACUGGAAAAGCAAAAUUAAAGGUACUGAGAUCACUUAAGCUGAUAACCAUCUCCUCCAAAGAGGAGGUAAAACUGGUAUGACAAAGAAGCACUGGGUAGUGUUACAUUGUGUUCAACUGUACCAAGGGAAAGUCUCUUGCCAUCCUGCUAUCAAGAGACCAGAAUGGGAAACCAGGUGUUCAGUUAACCACUGGAUUAAUGUUCAGACUCCACAACAAGAACCAUAUGACAUUCUAUAUUUGUAUAUAUAGAUUUAAAAAGUAAAUCUUAUGAUGAUUGCCUGAGGCUUGAAACUUCAGGCUUAUUAAUGGCACCUACAGGCUAAAAAGAAUCUUGAUUGCUUUGUGUACAAGAUGGAUUUAGUAAAGAAGUUGCUGAAGAUAUUUACAAACUCAUUUUCAGUCUGCACUAUCUUUUUUGGAUGCUUCCACUGAAGCAGAUGUUUAAAGAUCUGCACUUUUUACUUUCAAUAUAUUUCUCUCCUGAAGUAACACUUUGUAAGGAAGGACUUUGGUUCAUGCCUGCCUUAUUUAUUUAAAAAUUUUAAGUUUACAUUUUUAAAGUUCUUUGAUGCAAAAAUAAAAGGAAGUCCAACUCAUGUGCAUUCAGCAUAAAACAGAUUGAGUGAAAUACUAAGUGCAGGAUUUAGUCUCACACUUCUGCAGUUUAUAAAUUUGUGUUUGCAUAUAAACUGCACAAUAGACCAACUCAUACUUGUUUUGUAGCAUAUAAGUGAGUACAUCAAGUCAGCCUGACCCACAAGAUCUUUGAAUCCAAUGCUGACAAACAGCUAUCCACCAAAUCAAGGACAAGACUGUAUAUAUUCAUGACUGAAUGUUUGAUCUGUGGUAGCGAAGCAAUUUCAGACACAGAUGCUUGAAAAAACAUCAGUGUAUGUUUAUUGAUGCUUGAAAAAGAAAUGCAUGCCAAAAAAAAAAAAUAUGCUUCAUAGAUAAAUGUAAAGAGAUGCAGAGAAAACUGUCGAAAAUGUUGCUAUUUAAGUUUCUUGAACAGAAAAAAAUGACUUGAUUGUUGUAAUUAGUAUUUAGUACUUUUCACAAGUACAAAUAGUUGUAUAUAUAUCGUUGUACAGAUUUCUAGAUGAUGUUUCUAAAAAUAAAAAAAAUCAGCAUAGGAAGCAGUGGUGCAAUGUGAUGCUACCUUAAAUAUAGCAAAAUUAACUUAUCACCAUAACCAUCCACAAACAUACAUACUAGUGGAUGCACACCCCUCCAUAAUUUUAGGUAUACACACAUGCAUGCGUCAAUUGUGUCCUAAGGAAACUCGUAGCUCAUAGUUGUUUCUUUUCAUAAGUAAUUUUCUUUUCUUUUUUUUUUUUUUUCGGUAUAAACAAUAAAGUCACCUAAAUGUUC